AUGGUGGGGCCCCUGGGGGACUUGAUGCGAAGUUUGGCACUCAAGCAUCGGAGGGUCAGUGUUAUCCACGACCCCUUAAUAGCCUAUGUGGUCAAGGAUGUUGCUAACAUUCCCAAUGCGGAAUCCUACGCCUUCAUCUGCAUCUCCGCCUACUGUCAGGUGAAGUUCAUUACGGAGAUGAUGGGGAUAACUUGCCCCAUCCCGCGGCUGAGGGAGCUGCCGCCGGUAUCAGCCACCAUCUCCGAAGAGUUGUAUUCCUUCAUCGGAUUGCAGAAUGAAGGGAUGGCUUUGAGAUCCGGAGAUAUUAUAAACACAUGCAGAUCGGUUGAAGGCCUGUUUUUGGAUAUAUUGGAAAGCAAGGAGAUCGCCGAAGGCCUGAAGAGCUGGGUGUUGGUUAUUUUAGUGGCUAUCGGGCCGCUGAUUCCGGUAAAGCCUUCGAAAUCAGAAUCCCAUAAUGAAAUCUUCAAGUGGCUGGAGAAACAGGCGCUGAGGUCGGUUAUCUUCAUCUCAUUCGGCACCACCACAACCCUCACUGACCAUGAAGUACAGGUGAUAGCUGAGGGACUUGAGCAGAGCGGGCAGAAGUUCAUAUGGGUACUGAGAGAGGCCGACACGGCAAACGUGUUCAACGGGGAGGCGCGGAAGGUUGAGCUCCCAGAGGGGUUCAAGGGGAGAGUUGGAGAGAGAGGAGUUGUAGUGAGAGAGUGGGCGCCGCAGCCGGAGAUCUUGGUGCAUCCCUCAACGGGCGGCUUCAUGAGCCACUACGGUUGGAAUUCGUGCAACGAGAGCAUCAACAUGGGAGUUCCGAUCGCCGCCUGGCCAAUGCAUUCGGAUCAGCCCACCAACGCGGUUUUCGUCACGGAGGUGCUGAAGGUGGGGCUGCCGGUGAGGAGAUGGGGUGAGGUUGUGACGGUGGAGUAUGCUGUGAGGAGGCUGAUUGCGUCGGAGGAAGGUGGCGAGGCCAGGAAGAGGGUGGAGGAGCUGGCUGCCGUCGUUCGAGGGGCCACGGAGGAAGGCGGCGCGUCACGGCUUGAGUUGGAUGCGUUUAUUGUGAUAUCCCUAACCCGAAACAUGCAUUAUUUUGCAUAUUAG